AUGCGUCUACAUCGUGAGUCAUUUGAUGAGCAGCCUGGUCCACGAGCCGAAGACCAUAAAUCAUAUGCUGAUCAUAUUUUGCAUCAUUUUGAAGAAAAGUUCACAGCAUACACACAGUAUGAAUACGCUUUGCAAGCAUUUCUCCAGUACAUUGACACGAAUAGAGCACUUGAUGCAUAUGCAACCAAGCUCAUCGAUGGUAAGCAAACGUUCAUAUUUGUCGGUGAUCUUUUCAUUGCGGCAGAUUCACCAGCCCGAGGAUAUAUUCGAUCGAAGGUGCGAGAUUUGUUCGAGAAGUUGAAACGUCGCCGUAAAUGUACAGUGGUCGAGGUGGACGAAUUUCGGACGACCAAAUUAUGUUCGUUGUGCUUCCGUGAACUUGAAAAACCGACAAAAAGAGGCAAAGUAAAGGAGAAAUAUCGCUAUCUCACAUGCCAUGGAUGCGAACCAUUGUGUGGAGAAAAUGUGCUUGGAAAAGCCCAAGGUCCGAUUGAAUCACGAAAAAGCAAUCGCAAAUUGACGCAGCAACGAAAACAUCGUCCCCGUACUGAUGGUCCACGUAUGGCAUCAAAAUUUCGUAAAUAUGAAGAGAAAACUCGAAUUGGGCGUACUAUCACCUGGAAUCGUGAUGCAAAUGCAGGUCGUAACAUUCUCUACAAAGGAUGGUGUGCUGUUAUGAAUAUAGAGCUACAUCCAGCAUUUCAACGGCAUGUUGAAGAAGAAGAAGAAAAUGCAGGAGGAGGAGAUCCACCGCCAGCACCACCAGCACGAGCUCGACAAUCAAGACGAGCAGCAUCCAAUCAAAAUCAACAAACAACACAACGAACAUUGCGUUCUCAUCUGGAUCAAGCGCGGAGCUCUCGGCCGUAUGCCCUGGGUUUUGUGCGGGAUUUCAACGUGGUCCUACAAUUCGCUACAAUUAUGUACUAG